UGCCUGCCUGUGCGCAGGCACUGCGUGCGCGGGCCCCGACAUGUGGGCGGGAUGUGGAUGCGAUGCGCGUCUAUUCGGAUGUUUUCGGUGCUCUGGAGCCGCUGAACACGCGCCCAGCAGCGGCCGCAGAGAGAAGCAGCCGGAGGAGACGCGCUGAAGAGCCGCCGGAGCAGCGCAGCGAGCCGCGGCACAUUUUCACGCAGCUUCCCGUCAGGGACCGAGGGCAGGGGCUGGGCGGCGGGCUCCGGUCCAGAAGAAUGAGAGAGCCCUCUAACCGGAGGGGGCGCAAACAUGAACGGGGCCGUGUACAUUUCGUUCUUCCAGGGCCAGCUGGAGUCCGUGCUGGAGCAGGUCGUUCAGCUCGCCGUCCAGGAAAUCAGCAAGUCGGUCGGCUCCAGUCUCAACGCGCUGCUGCUGGAAACGGCCGUGAAGGAGCAAGAAAACCGCCGGCUGCGGCUCCAGCUGCAGGCGAAGGAGACCCGGGGCCGAGCCUCGGACGGAGGACCCUCUCCGGCGUCCGGUAAGAAGCCUGGCAAAGCGGCGGGCGACGAGAGGGCGGACGGCGGCAGGACAAAGCCCCAGCAGCCGCAGCUCCACGCCUCCGGAUGGCAGGGCGCCGAGCCCGGUGGACUCACCGACACACGCCGACUAGAGCAACGAGGACGAGUCGUGGACCAGCUGAAGUCCGUCAUGGAGCAGGUUCUGGACUUCGCAGUUCGUGAACUGACCAAGAUCGUGGAGGCUUCGUUCGAUGACCUGCUGCUGGAGAUCACCAAGAUGGAGCGCGAGCAGCAGGCGCUGGAGGAGCGUCUGGACAAGGGUGCUGAGCGAGGGGGCGGAGAGAAGGGCCGAGGGGGCGGAGCUUCUGGGAGGCGUCGAGGGUCGGAGAACGACUCGGUGUCGCCAAGCGGCUCGGAGGACACGCGAGAGGAACUGACUGAUGUCACCGUUUCCAAGGAGACGGCCGGGACAGAAGACCCGGCGCGUCCCCCGGUUCUGUCAGUCUCCCAGGACUGGGUUCCCAUCCUGGACAAGGUCUUUGGGCAGAAGUGGUGCAGCGACGUCUGGCAGAUCAAGGAGCUGGGCGGAAAUGAUGGCAGGCGUGGCCUGGGGGAGGACGGGCCUCAGCCAGCGGAGCGUCUCUCCGCCCCCUCAGUGACCCUGGAGCCCUCCCCCUCCUCCCCCCAGCAGGACCCCCGAUGGACACCGCUGGAGGACAUGGAGGUGUUUUCACCGGACGAAGACGACGCCCAGAGGAGCCACGCCUCCAACGCCACGCCUGCAGCCCCACCUGAACCCCCCCUCAGCCCCACAGGUCGCUGCUCGUCGGCCUCCAUGCUUCAUCGCCUGCUGACUCUCCCGUCUCAGCUGCUGGAGGAUGAUGAGGAGGCCGCCGCCGCCGCCAAGGAAACGCUGGUCACCCUGGCGACAGACGGCGCCAUCGAGCAGCGAGACAGCGUGGAGCCGCGGGAGCGACCAAUCAGGGAAGAGGAGGAGGACGAAGAAGAGGAAGAGGAGGACGAGGAGGAGAAGGGCAGGAAGAAGAAGCGGCGCCGGGUUUGGUCUGAAUGUGAGGAGUGCGGUCGGCGAUUCAGCCGGAUGUCUCUGCUGAAGGCUCAUCGUCAGACUCACGGCACCGACAUGUCGUCUCCGUCGUCACUGCCGACAGACUCCGUCUCCCCGCUACGCUGCUCCGAGUGCGGUAAGAGGUUCUCCUCGACAACCCGCCUCCAUAGUCACGUCCGGACCCAGCACCCCGGCAGCCGGGCCUGAGCUGAACCUGGACCAGGCGGACCAACACAAGCUCAACGACAACCACACCGCAGACCUGAGCCGGACCAGAGCCAGACCUGAGCUGGACUAGAAUCUGCAGCUGAACAUUUGACUGUACCAGACGUGAGCAGCAGGUCUCAAACACUCCGGUCAGAACUGGUACUGUAGACUCUCCACAGAACCACAUCACCUGAUCCAGGUUCUGUUGUGGAUCUGGUUCAGUCCAGUCCAGAUGUUUGUCAGCGCAACCCUGAAUACCCGGUUCCUCCGUUGGCUCGGAACCUUCAGAACCGGAUCUUCAACAUUUAAAGUUGUUUGAGGUAAAAAGUAGAAACUAAAUGGAUUCAUGAGGGAUUUAGUCAGAAAACAACUGAAUGCUGCAGAACCAGAACCUGAGAACGGGAUGUGAAGAUUUAACGACAGCAAAUUAGAUUUCAUUUAAUUAACUGAUGAAAUUUAUCAUUUAAGGCAAAAAAAAAUUUUCUUUAAUUUUUGAAUCAAGUUGGAAGGUGAAUUUUACUUUCUUUUAUUCAUUGAGGAAUUGUUUUAUUUAACCCAAAACUCAAAGAAGUUCUUCUUAUAAAUCAGAAAAAUGCAUAUUCUCAAAUUUUUUUGUAAGUUAAAAGGUUUAUUUCUUUAAUUUUAACUUGUAUUUGUUCAAAAUGACCUAAAUAUCUGCAUGUUUUAACUGAAUUUAAUCAUAAUAAUUGAUUACCGGAGGAAUUUUCUUCAAACCAACUCAAAGAAAUAAUUUCGGUCAGAAAACUGCAGACUUUCGCAUUUGACUGUUUCAAGCAAUGCUUUUUUUCUCCCCAGUUUUCACUUAGUUUCACACAGACAUAAAAACCUGAAUAUUUUAGCAGGAUUUGAGAGUUUUGAGCUGAAACUCUGAAUUCUUUAAACCGUUUUUAACUCAAAAGGAUUCAGUUUCUGAUCCCACGAAGAAAAGCAACAAACUUGCAUCUGAAAAAAACUGGAGCAUAUUUUUCUUUUCUUGAAAUGAUUAUUGAUGUUUCUGAGCAGCUGUUUGGAGAAUCUGAUCAGGAUCAAACUGAAGGGAAAACGCACACGAGGUCCUUCUUCUUCUUCUGCUCCUGGGAAGGUGAGCGAGGCGAAGCUCCACCCACUGCAGGGGAAUUCUCUUUGCAAUAAGCUCGUCACCGCGGCAGCUGGACGCUCGGAGCUCCGCCUCCCGCCUCCUGUGAUUGGACGUGUACAGACGGACAGUGGAUUUUGUACCCGUUUGGUUUUAAAGUGCCCUUUUAUGGUUCCACCUCCUCUUCUGUUGUGACUUCUGAUUCUUGUCAAGUGCAUUUCUGUGGUUUAUUGGACUUUUCUGGAGAAACACGAAGAACUUGUGCUUCAGUGGCAUCGUGAGUCUGAAUGUGAAUCUCGGCGGUUUUGUUUCCUUUAUCAUUGUACAGUUUAAAGACGUUUGCUCCUCUCCUUCCUCAGCGCUUGUACCUGCACAGCUCCAUGUAUGGAAGCUCAUUUCUGCCAGAAAGAGACCAGAAAACAAUCCAAGAAAGCAAUUUCAGUGAAUCAAAAAUGUGGCAACUUGAAUUCAAAACCAGAUUCACUGAAGUCGAAAUUAUUGGAUAAUUAAUCAGAGUUUUACCUCAUAAAAUCAGGAUUAUGGUAUAAGUCUAAAUUCUGACUCAGUAAAUCAAGAUUAUGGUAAAAAAAAAUCUGAAUUUUGACUUAAAAAUUAGGAUUAUUAGAUCAUAAAUCAGAUUUGCAAGUUAUUGAAUCAGGAUUUUAAGAUUAAUUUGGAUAAAUUCUAAUUUAAGUCAGAAUUUUGACUCGUGAAGUCAGGAUUGUUAGAUAAUAGGUCAGAGUUUUACCUCAUAAAAUCAGGAUUACGACAAAUGAAGUGAGACUUUUUACUUAAAGCUUUGUAUUAGACAAUAAGACAGAAUCUUGACUUGUUAAAUCAGGAUUAUGCCAUAAAUCACAAUUGCAACUCAUUAAAUCAAGAUUCUGAGAUAUUAAGUCAGAAUUUUUACUCGUGUCAUGAUCAUUAGAUAACCGGUCAAAAUUUUCACUCGUACAACAGGAUUAUGAUGAAUAAAGUCAGAAUUUUGACUUUGAAAUUAGGAUUAAUAAUCAGAAUUUUGACUGAUUCAGUCACAGUAAUGACACAAGUCAGAAUUCUAAUCAGGAUUAUGAAUGAUCAGAAUCUUGAUUGGACAACAUGAUUUUCUUUUUUUGUGUUUCAAACAUUUCUGCUGUUUUAUUUUAUUUGGCAGAAAUAGUCUUCCAUACGCCCACGACUAUAAAUGAGAUUAAACAAAGCACAAAAUAUUAAUGAUUUUCUUUAGUUCCCAAGUGACAGAUGUCUGUAAUCAAUAGGUGAUCAAAAACACAAAUAAUGUUGACAAACAGAUUAUUUAAUCAGUGGAAUAAUUCAGAGGCUGUUAGAGCGCUUUCAGUUUUAUUAUUUUUAUUCACAAAAUCCCUGCUGUUAUAUAGGAGCCCAUUUGUGCCUAAAGUAGGUGAAUUUCAUUAACAAAAAAUCUGUUUGAUUUAUACAAAAAUUACAAUGAUUGUUUAAAACGGUGAGACUAUAGUUACAUUAAUUUUGUCUGGCUGUUUUUCGCUAUUAAAAUAAUUAUGGGAGCCUAUUCGUGCCAAAAAUUAACCAAUGUAAGCAAUUUGAUGGAUUUCUGACAAAACUCUUAACAUAAUGAUCCUUCAACACUAUGAAAUUAUGAUGUACCAUUUUUUACUUAUAUUUCCCCCAAAUAUCUCUUUUUGUGUGGUAAAUAAAAAACACUUCUGAGAACUAAUUGCUGCCAAAAAUAGAUAAAAUAUGAAAAUUUUUAGGUUCAGAAAUUGGUAAAUGCAGUAAUUCUAACGUAAUUAUUCUUUCACCCAGUAAUAUUAUAUUGAUAUUAUACCAGUUUUCCUGCAAUACAGAUAAUAUAUCUCCCCAAAUUAUAGUUUAGUACCUAAAAAUGUAUCUGUAUGGGAGCCCAUUCUUGCCAAAAAAUUGAUAAACUGAUAAAUUUUACACCAGUUUGCCCUCUGUAUGUCACAGUAGACCUUCAAUGUUUUCCCUUAAAGGACCCUGUUACCUGCUACUGACCCAUGAAGUCAGGAUUAUUACAUAAUAUUUGUUUCUCUGUGACUUUAUUGUACUUUGCAAUUGAUAUUCAUUCAGUUGCAUUUUUGCUUAAUGUCCGCAGUACACUUAUUUCAUUUCAUAUAUUUAAAUCACCAUAAAUUUUUCGUCACGGCUCCAUUCUUUUAAAUUGAUGCUCUCGACUGACUGCUACGGAACACUUUCAGCGUCUGAAAAGAAAAACACAAGUGUACCAUGUAACGAGGACAGACUGCUCACUCUGGCUGUAGUUUGAUUGAAAUCAUUCCGACCUUUCCAUCUGGGUUGUUUAGUAGCAGGGGGAGAAGGAGGCAAAUGAUCAGAAAACAUGUCGGCGGUUUAUCCUGAUGAUUCUCGUGUAUUUGUUGUCGUUUCUGCUCCACGAAGCUUCGGCACGAACAAUCACCGUUUCCAUUGUUUUUAUGCUUUGUAAAUGUGCAAAAUGAACCUUUUUCUAGUGAAACGGUGAUUCUGUUUUUACUUGUUUGAACAAAAAAAAUUGUCUCUUAAGCAAUAUGAAGGCCAAACUCUGCUGAGUGGCCAGAGUUUGGUGUGCAAAAAGAAGAAAAAGAAGCUCAGUUGUUGGUAAAUUAAGCAAAAUAAACAUCAGGAAUGAGAAAAUUGAGGCGGGUUUUGGUGACAGCGGAUCCAGAACCCGAAUCUCACUUUGGUUUGAUUAUCGACUGUUUGAUUUGCGGUCUUCGCCUCUGAGCGCUACUCGAAUGACUAAAGCUUCGCUAUCGUCUGAAUUACCAACUGCUUUUCUGCAAACGUUUGUCCGACUUGUUGCACUUUCAGCCUCCACUUGUGUUCACAUACCUCAUUUUUGAAAUGUUUCCUUUGCUUCUGUUUCACCACAGACCUCAUUACCUCAGAACAUGUACAGCGCUGAUAUUUGACCACAGUUCCAUGUAAGUUUUAAAGUGUAUCUUUUCACUUUGGAUUUCACAUAAGAGCUUGAAGCUGUCGGGUAAAAACACAUAAUACAGUUUAGAAGAACCACAGAGUCCUGAAGACGCCAAGAUUUUUAACAAGAUGUUUUUUAAUAUUUUGAAAUUCUUUUAAAUGCAAGAAUCAUCCUCCAUGCUUAUUAAUCACAUAAUUUCCUUUAACAGAUCUAUUCGGCAUCGACACUAAGCUGUGAUGUACGGAAGUCUAUUGAUGCCAAGACAAAAAUUUUGAAUGGAAAAAAAGACAAAUUUAGACAAUAUUAUGAGAUAUUAAAGUUCAAAAAUGCAAAUAGAAUCUUACUCAAGUAUAAUUACAAACACAUAAAUAAUUGAACUCAAUGUACAGUGGUGGAAAAAAGUUUUGGACACCCUUAAAAUUUUACACAAGCUCAAAUAUUAUGAAAUAUUUGUGGAAAAAUCUUCUUUGCAUUUCAUAAGACAUGGCUGCAUUAGACAGACACUUAUUGUUUACAAGAAAAACUCACAAAGCUAAAUUUUACCAAAAUGACUCAACACUCAUUUUUUAAUGGAACAAAUCAAUUUUAAAAUUUUAAUGCUUUUUAAAGGAUUUGUUUAAUUUUAUGGCUGUGAUUGUAGUAAAAUAAAGUACAUUUGAAGAUGUACAAGUGAUUCUUAAUGCGAUAUUUCACAAAUGUAUGGGGUUUCCAAAAACUCUUUUCCACCAAUAUAUUGAAAUGUUUUCAUAAAACAACUAAACAUUUGACUUAGUUGAGCCGAAUAAUUGGGUGUUUUCUUUUUUUGGAUAAAAUUUGAAUUGACAAGAGUUUAAUUUCGUAUUUUAUUAGUAAUGCUACAGUUUAAUGUCUUUUUUGUGUUUUUUAACGUUAACAAGACAUUAGACAACCAAAAAAGAUAUUAAUGAUGUACAAAAAAAAUCAAGGGGGAUGAAUCACAGUUAAAUGAAGCAGAAAUGAUAUGUAAUAGUUAAAAUAAUAAAGAAUGUUAAAGAACUUAUGUAUUUUUUCCAGGAAUUCAGCAGCUCUUUGCACUGUAACUGAAUAGUACAUGAAUGCUGCUGCAGUCAGGUGAGCUCAUCUGAUGACAGCAGCAUCAUGUGACCUGCUAACCAAUCACUGCUCCUCCUGUCCUUGUUUACAAAAGCCAUAAUGGAGGGAAACACAUCCGCUUGGAAAUCAACCAAAAGAGGGAAAAAAAGCUUCACUGCAGAGUAGAAAUCAUUCAUUUUUAAAAUUCUUUUUACUGAAUAAAUUAUUGCAAAGUGUUUCCAUAAUGAGGUAAAAUAUUUCAUCGAAUUUUCCUCCAAGUUUGAGUACAAUUAUUGAAACAAAUGUUCAUGUCAGUGGUUUUUGUUUUAUUCAUUUAUUUAUGAAAAAAUUAUGAAGCGGGUUUUAGUUGAUUCCAUAAAUGGUAAUAUCAUCUAGUUAUGUCUUAUAAUUUUACCAAAUAUCUCAUAUUUAUAAGAAAAGAUCUCAAAAUUGCAUAUUUAAAUCAUACAAUUAUGAAUUCUUGUUAUAUGAAGAAAAACAGACAAGCUCUCAUAAUUUCGAAUUAUAUACUGCAAAAUAACUUUAUUAUACCAUGUUAUUAUGACAUAUACAUGGUGUAGUAGUGGUAAUAUUUCAAGAUUUUUGUCUCAACUUUGACAUUAAUGUGAUGAAAAGCAGAUUGGAGUCGUAAUUAUGUGAAAGAAGUUGUUCAUAUUUGAGAUGUUUUCUCAUAUUUACUGUUCAUUAUAAUUUUUUUAUAUCAUAAUGAACAGAAAUCCUAAUUAUGUAAUAAGAUGUGAUUAUUUCAUUGUUUUCUAAAUGUUUCAAGAUCUCAUCUUUGCGAAAUGGGGGUGUCAUUUCUCAGUUUUGUGAUGCACAUAUCCAGAAUUUCUCUGAAAAAUUAAGACUUGUGUGAAAAUCUUGACAUUUGAAACUUUUGUUUGACAAAUACAUCUGAUUAUGUUUGAAAUAAUUUAUAUUUCUUGUAAUUGUUAUAACUCAAGGAAAUACUGUUAUUGUUAGAAAAGUAUUUUAAAGAGAUCUUUUCUAGUAAAUAUAUAAUAUGUUGUAAUUAUGUAAUAUGGAUACAAGAAACGAUGUAAACUUAUGGUUGGUUAUGAGAAAAGAGAUCAUAAUUUUAAAUAAAUGAUCAUCUAGGAGCUUCUAUCAUACUUGAGCGAUACAGAAAAAUUCAAUAGAUGUUUUCAGACUUUUGGAUUUAUAAGAUCUUUUUAUUCUCACACUGACAUGAACAUUUGUUUUUCUGUUAUAGAAACUUGUUGGGAUUUUCUUUUUUAACUUCUUACUGUGUUGCUUUAGAAAUAAUUUCAUCUGGAUGCGUUUCUCUCCAACUUUGUUUUUAAGGAGGUCCACAGUUGUCGUUUUUUCGUCUUUCUUUUGGCACUGAGACGCGUUCAGACGCCGUUCAUCAGAACAUAUCGCAGAACUCACUUUUGUUCCUGUGAGUUUUUAUUGUAUUUGUUGGCGGUUUCCUGAAAAGUGGUUGUGUGGUUCCCGCUUGGAGAGAAGACGAUGUUACGUACGUUCGGCUUCUUCGUUGAAAAGCUGCGAACGAGAAAAAGAAGGGAGUAGGUUCUGCAGUAAAGAUUUAUCAGUCGGACCUCCGUAUUUACCAUAAGUCCUGCAAGUUCCUUAAAGAGACUCUGAACUUAUCAGGGGUUCUUCAGGGAACAAUUUGAGAUCCUCUUAUUGUUAAAUGCAAAUGUGUGAACAGGGGGCAUGAAAGGGAUGUUUUAGUAUUUUUAAGAGUUUUACUGUUAGCUUUAUUUUUAUUUGAAUAGUUGUACUUUGUGUGUAAUGAAAUGAGGAAACUAAUCCUGGAGGCGUGUUUUUUUUGUUUUAUACGUCAAGUAUCUCUUUGUACUCGGUGUCUGAUCCUGAUGAACUGACCUGCUCGUUUUGUCAUCUGUGUUUGGAUUUAAUGCAAUACUUUUGAUAAAAUGUGCCCUUUUUUGUAAUUCAGCACUGAAAACCAAAUCUGACAGUUUGCUAUUUAAUACCACGAUUUAAAAAAAAAAAAGUGCUGGAUUUGAAGAGUUGGACGAUCGGGAUACAGAGGACAAAGUCAGCCAAUGUGAAAAUUAACUCAAAAUUGAUGUGACCUUUGACUCUGUUGUGACCAAUGUCGGUUUUGAGUGAAUUCUUACCAACAUGAACUUGUUGUGUUUGGCUGUUUUACUUGUGUUGAUCACAUCCGAAUGUCAUUUACGCCAAGUUCCACCUGUCAGCCAUGAUGAUGUAAUGGUGGUGAUGGUUUGUUUUUUAUUAUUAUUUCUAUGACCUGUUUUAGUCAGGUACUUUUUAGUGUUAAAACUCCAACAAAACCAAUAAAUGUUCACAACUACCCAAA